AGAUCCUAAUAUUAGUUAGCACUCGUUUUCAACGUGCAGUAUGAAGAAAAGAAUGCAAUUGUUAAAAGUCAAAGUUAUUCUCAUCAACGCCAUGGUGCUAGUUUUCCUACAGACAGCUCGUGGUUUCAAGCAGAACCUCUCGGCUGAAACUGAAAUUGAAGGUAAUUUCCCACCAAGAGGGAACCUUCUCAGUAAUUACCCAGCAACAAGCAGCAGGAAAUACGCUAUCAAACAAGAUGCGAUCAGCAAAUAUAUCAUUAAUAUUGCACCUCUGCAUAAAGUUAACUUCAUUUCAAAAUCUUCGCCUAUUCCACUUGUUCUCGAUACCGAAAAAAUCCCUAAUCAAAGCCAGAUUAAGAAGAAGAAUGUGGACAUCUCUUACAAGCGAGAACGAAAGUCAAAAGACAUAUAUCAAUCUAUAAAUGCAAUUUCAACAUCUGCCUAUAAUUCAACGCGCAAUAGUAAUAACCACACCAUGGGUGAAAAUAUUUUUUCAAGAUCAGUCCAUCAAGUGGGUCGCACCAACUCCCAGAAUGGCCUUAAUCUCAACGAUGCUUCAACAUCUUCUUCAGACCGGCAUCAGCCAGAAAUUUAUGCAAGCACAAAACCGCCCGCACAAGUGAAAUUUAUGACAGAUUUAGUUCCACCCCGUGAUUAUGGUCAAAACAUAAGCAAUAAAAAUCUGCAAAAAUAUGUACAACCAAAAGGCGUAGCAAAUAUAAGUAAUAAUAAGCGGUUUGCGGUCCCCUUGAAAGCCAUGCCCAGCAACGCUCACUCAUCCGAGACCUUCUCUGAUCAAAAUUCCACUCUAGUCGCCUGUGGGAUGCCAUUUUCGUGCGCGACGCUGCUGCCUGUUUCUGCUCCAUCAAUUGGCCUGCAGGCGACAAAUGGGCAACAACGAAGAACACCCGAGAAACUGCCAAUCUAUGAGGAUCACGAGAUCCUCACGCUAACACAUGAACAAAACGGAGGUCAUCGCGACACUUUGGUUGGUGUCAGGAAGCAAGGAAGGGCGUUGGUUUCAACAGAAGAGGCCGAUUUUCCAGUGAGAUUUGGCGCUCGUCGCAACGUACAAUCGGAUUCCCCUAGUGAUGUUUUGGAGGUCGUGGCCGACACAGCAGCCUCGACCGUGGCGGCCGUCGCAGGGCAGACCGUGCAGCUGCCGUGCCACGUGAGCCACGGCGACGCUGCCAAGCUCAUCCUGUGGUACAAAGCUGGCACCCGCACCCCCGUCGUCAGCCUCGAUGGUCGCAGUAAAAUAGAGACAUCAUCUGGCAACACCGCGAUGAGUGUUGCCAACGCGCGUGUCUCGGUUGACGCUCAUACGGCGACGCUGACGCUGCAGCGGGCGACCCUCAGCGACGCGGGCGCCUACGAGUGCAGGGUUGACUUCUUCCGCUCCCCGACCCUCACAACCCUCGUCAACCUCACCGUCACUGAGCCGGUGCAGAGCGUGACCAUCCAGGACGGCGAGGGCGACCUGGUCGCCGACACUCGCGCCUACGUCGAGGGCUCGGCCAUCGAACUCUCCUGCAUCGCUAGACGAGGCUCGCCUGCUCCACGCUUGACAUGGACACGAGACGGCGAAGUCUUGCCAGCACCGACGGAGGCGCUGCAGAAGGGCGUUGUGCUGAGCAGGCUGUCGGUGCCGCAGCUCACGAGACUUUGGGAGAACGCCAGUCUAACCUGCGAAGCUUCUAAUAGCCCUCAACUGCCCCCGGUAGCUAAGACGAUAACCAUCAAACUGCUGCUGCUGCCACGUAGCGUGCGCGUGUGGGGUCCAUCAUCGUCACGGGAAGGGGAGCUCGUGCGGUUCACGUGCACCACGUCGGGCUCGUCGCCCCCGGCCCUCAUCACGUGGGGGUUGCAGGGCCAGCAUCUCGCCCCCUCUACGCAGAGCACUCAGUACGGUCUGGUGACAAGCUCGACCCUCGAGCUCAACGUGACGAGGGAAGACGAUGGGGCCGAGGUGACGUGCGAGGCUAGUAACCCUGCCGUGUCUGGCCGCUCUCUUUACAACUCCACCAGCAUCAAAGUCCACUUCCCCCCGAAAGCUGUGGCGUCAUUCGGGAAGUCGUUCUCGCCGCGGCUGCUGAAGGAGGGCGACGACGUUUACUUUACGUGUGAAGUGGACGCCAACCCGCCCGUCACGUCCAUUGAGUGGUACCAUGAGUCACAGCGGCAGCAGCAGAACUUGAGCGCUGGAGUCAUCAUCGCGGUUGACUCUCUUGUUCUUCAGUCGGCGGCAAGGAGCCGAACAGGACGGUACUAUUGUGUCGCUACCAACAGCGUCGCCAGUACUACCAGCCAGCCAGUUCUACUCAAAAUAAAAUAUAAGCCGGUGUGUGCGAGUGCGCCUAUCACGUACUUCAUCUACGACGAACCAAUCAACGUGACCUGUUCGAUUGCGUCGUACCCGCCCGUGCACAACAUCGAGUGGCGCUGGAACGGCAGCGGCGAGAUCACCACAACGCAGAUCACCGACGCUGAGAGGUCGGACACGCUGCUGCAGGACCGCGUGACGGCGCACUUUACCGUCUACCCGUCUAAAGCUUCGGACGACAGGCACCUCUCCUGUCUGGGCGUCAACGAGAUGGGCGCUCAGCGACAGCCCUGCAACUUCUCCAUCACUGUCGCCAAGAUGCCGGCCCCGCUGUCGUCCUGCCGCCUGGCAAACAUCACCGCGUCGUCGCUGAGUCUGACGUGCGAGACCGCGCGCACUCCCGACGCCCUCUACCGUGCUGAGGUUUACCUCGCAAACAAUUCUCUGUUUGCGAAUGUGACGUCCCAGCAGCCGUCAUUUAACGUCAGCCGUCUCGACCCCGCAACCCGUUACGAGAUCAAAGUGUACGUCGCACACGGGCCGGCCACGUCCCAGCCCGUCCACGUGUCCGCAUUUACGUCAAGAACGGCCCGGCGAGACCGAGUGAACGAAGAUCGAACGGCAGUGAGCUCUGUGGUGGUGGUGGUGGUGAUGGUUUCGGUGGUGACGGUGGUGAUGGUGCUUAUUACAGCUGUUGUAAUAAGAUUAUGGUGGUGCAACAGACGCUCCAGAGAGUCAUGUGAAUCACCACAGAAUCACCACAGUGAAGAAGAAGUCAGCAAAAUAGAAUCGGGUGCAAGCAGCGUGCCACCAGGGGACAUUCGAGCCAAGUUGUUUGAAGUCAAGACGAGCCUGUACUGCGCCAGCCCUCAGAGGGCUAAGAGGGGACCAGACGUGCUGUCCAACAUAGAGGAGACUUACAAGCUGCUGUCGCCCAUGGAACCUCCUGACGCAAAGAGCGGAGGUUUCGUCGACCAGGGCCAGUUUGGUGUCGGCAACCAGGAACUCCCUCGUACAGAAUGGAGCCAAUACGGGACAGACGACGCAGUGGAUUCAUCACUGUCCAGAAGGUCGUUAGUUCCUCAUCACCAACGCGAUCUGGAAGCCUCCAAAUCCGCACAGGCGUCUUCGGAUGAGCGGCAUCUUCAGAAGAAGUCUGUUAAUUUUGGCUUUCGUCCCCAAGUAAACUUUAGCGGAGCCAAAACACCGGAAUUUUCUUCGGGUGACACUUGUUCGAGCGAGACCCUUGUUAGCGGUUCGAGGACUCUCGGGAGGCCAGCGAGUGUUGAUCGAACUCGUUUGGCGAGCACCAGAGCCCUGCGGGAUAUCCACGGCUUAGGCUACGAUGAAAAAACCCUUGUUCCUGGCGGAUCUAGAACGGUCAUGAACCCCAGAGGUCCUAGUCAAGAAAUUGUGUGCGGUGUUGAUCAUUUCUUCACUGCGGAAGAAAGCAUCGUAUGAUUGCCAUGAAUAAGGGAAAAGUUAUUAGAGGCUCGAAGGUUGGAAAGAGGAUUGGCUCGAGCGAGUUUAUCAAGCUUGAAGUUCACGAGAGUCUUUCUUCAUGAGGUAAUUUUGCUCGCUAAUUCAACAAUAAAACGAAUAAUUUAAUAAUAAUUUAUUCCCAAAUGAUACUGCAACGGCAAUUUCACACCUUAUUGCGUGUUUUAUUGUCGUGCGUAAUGUAUGAAAACUAGCUUGCUGAUUUCUUCAUUGAUUUUAUCGCUUUUCGAUCAUGGCCAAAUAAUGCGAACGGAUUCAGUAAAACAUGUGUUAGCGUUCAGACAACUGGCAAAGGUUGAAAAUUUCCCAGUUGAAUUUUGAAAUUUUGAGCCUCGCUAAUUUCAAAGGGCUCUGCUGUUUGCUUAUCAUUCAGAUACUAAUUUGGCUAUACAUGCGGAAACGCAUCAUUAUAUUGAACCAUUUGCUUAAUUGCCGUCAUUCUCUGCAACUUUGGGAGGGGGGUGAUUUUCAUCAGUGCAUAAUAAGGGUUUCGCUUGAACUGAAGCGCAGAUAAAUAAUGAAGAAAACGCUCAUCAUGGGCUACUUGGGCAUCAGUGUUUGUUUUUUUCAUUCUCAACAAUUAAUUGUUAUUUUUCUGAUAGAUAUUCUUCCUCGAAACUUUGAUUACAUGUUCAUAUGACUGUUACAAAACUCAUCCUGUAAACAAGCUGAACAAUGCAGCAAAAUUUCAGGAUCCUGAAGUAUUUUAGAGCGGUCGAAAUGAAGCAUAAUUCCGACUGUAAUUAAUUAGAGAAAAUAUUAAAAAUAUAUAUAUAACCGAUUGAUGAUGUGACUGCCAGAAUUGAUAUUCAUAAUUGGGUGCCUUUUAAUAUGAAUUCUUUUCAAGCGUGAAAGAAGAGAAGACAUUGCUCGCGCUGUUUUGGAGGAAUGUUUAUGCUUCAACUUGUUCUCUGAAAUUAAUUCCUGUUAGUGACAUUCAUCUUUUCACAUGAUACAGAAGGAAAAUAUUUUGGCACAGUAUGCCUCUAAUGAUUUAAUUAGAUCAAUUUGAAGGUAUUGCAAGACGUUAGACAAGUUAGAUGCGGCAUGUUAAUCCAGCUUUGAUAUGAUCCCAAAGGACAAUACUAGCAGCUAACAGAAUUAUCAAGUAUUUAAAUCCUAAUGAAUUGGUGCUGCAAUAUAUACCGCAUUGCCGUCAGGGGGAAAAUUGCGGUGUGAUCAGAUGUGUUAAUAUGAAUGAAUCUUUCUGUCUUUACAUUGUUAUAAAAUGUGUAAUUGUUAGAAUUUAUUUUAGUGUUUAGAUUUAAAUACUGAGAUUCUAACAUAGAUGUAUAUUAUG